CUGAGACUUGGACUGUGCUUGCUGGCUCCUUCUCCAUCCGUUCUUUUUUGUUCCUCACUCAGGAUUUGCUGGCUAAUAGAGCCUCUUUGCCUGGCUCCAUAUAGAACUUAAAUGGAAUUUAGGUAGGGUGGUACAGACAUCGCCGGCAGAGACCAUGACCGCUCACUAUCCCUUUCAGUGUGGUCUUAUGACUAAGACCUUGCUUCAUUAUAUAUUGCAGAAGGGGAUAGACUAAAACCACACAUGGGUCUAACGGGAGCACAGUGGAAAGGCAUCGCAACAUGAUUCAACAGAGCUUACGGUGUGUCAAACUUUGGCCCAUGUUCUGUUCUGUCUUCAAGCAGCCUCUUUCCGUCACAGCCCUUCUUUUGUCUCUUUGCUGUUUGAAUGUUGAGGGCUGUGAAUACCACCAUGACCCAAAGAACCUGAAAACCAAGUUUGCCCUCAACCUUUAUCAACACCUGGCAGAACUGGCUGAUAACAGAACCAACUUCGCCAUCUCCCCGGCAAGUGUUUCUUUGUCCCUGCAACUUCUGCAGCUUGGAGCUACCUUUGCACAGCUAAAGCAAGCUCUGGAAUAUAGCACUCAUGAUCAGGACACACGGGACUUCUUGCACGCUGCAUACGAAGAAAUGGCAAACCCAAGCCAAGGCCCCACAGCACAGCUGGCUUGUGCCGUCUUUGUUCAAGCCGGAGUUCCUCUUUCACCUCAGUGUGCUCAGCACGCUGCCUUCUGGACAAACAACACAGUGCAGCAAACAAAUUUCAGCGAGCCAAACAGCUCUGCAGCACAGAUCAACGAGUGGAUUGCCACAAGCAUUGGAGACGGAGAAACCCGUUCCCUGUCCUUGGAAACUGCGGAUUCCUCCCUGAGCCAGGUAGCCGUGGUGAGCACCACGCACUUCAAAAGCACUUGGCAGAGGAAGUUUGCCUUCAGAGACACUCAGCCCUUGCCCUUUACAAUGACAGACGGCACCACCCUGAAAGUGCCUACAAUGUAUCUCAGUGCAGAUGUCAAUUAUGGAGAAUUCCUGAUGGGCUCUCUGGAACAGAUCAGUGUGGUGGAAUUGCCCUACCUCAGGGAGACAGUCAGUAUGUUUGUACUGCUUCCAUCUGAUAGGAGAACUCCUCUAGCCAGCACUGAGGCAUACCUCUCAGCCCGGAUCUUCCCAUGGUGGUCCAACAACCUGAGAAGAACAAAGAUGAAUAUCUUUCUCCCCAGGUUCACAAUUAACAGUCACUUGGAUCUAAAAAUGGUUUUACCUGCACUGGGAAUUACCACGUUUGAUCCAAGUGAGGCUGAUUUUAGAGGAAUUCCAGAACAACACAUCUUCUAUCUGGAGACUUUAUACUGUGAAAUAGCAGCUGCAAAGCUCAUAAUCCAGAAGGGGAGAUACACUAGGACCUGAGAGAGGUCCUCAGAAUAGCCUUCCACUCUUUUUGUUGUUGCUAGUCAUGAAGUCGUGUCCGACCCAUUGUGACCCCAUGGACAACAUUCCUCCAGGCCUUCCUGUCCUCCAC